UUUCACACCCCUGCGGACAGUUCUCUUCCUCGCUGCUGCCGUGACGACCCGAGAUCUCACUGUCCUGUAGCAGUGCUGGUGAGUGAGCGUGGAGUGCAAGCAGCCUGUCCAUCCCCUGAGGAGCUCACUCAGAAGUCACAACCAGUCACUGAUUCUGCGGUAUCGACUGACAAGGUUGGGAACGUAGUCAUUAGGAUUCAGGCAAAGCCUGGUGCCAAACAGAAUGCAGUAACAGAGAUUGGAACCGAGGCUGUGGGUGUUCAGAUCAGUGCUCCACCUGUGGAAGGAGAGGCAAACACAGAACUCGUCAAGUAUAUGGCAGCUGUUCUUGGGAUCAGGAAAAGUGACGUUUCACUAGACAAGGGUUCUCGGUCAAGACAGAAGACAGUUGUUGUGACACAUGGCACUUUGACAGCUGAGGAAAUAACGGAGAAGUUAAAACAAGAACUGAAAACUAACUGAGAAGAUCCAUCACUGUGUUCCAUUUGUUGUGUCGUGCCUUCAGUGCAGCAUGGAUCUCAUGAAAGUUGAAUGUGGUCAAGAUGGCGAGUUGUGUGAGACACCUGGCAGAGAGUGUUGUCUGAUUGAAGUAAAAGAGGAGAUGGAUCCAUUGCUAACUUUUUCAGAAUUGAAGACAGAAGCUGAAGUAAGUUGUACAUCAGUUGUUUCCGAGACAUGUAACAAUAAAACAUUUAUGACCAUCUAAUUAAUGGUGUCUUCUUUGAUGAAUAUUUAUAAGUCCCCGAUGUUUCAUAGUUGUUUUGUAAUUUUUCAUGCUGUGUGUCAUUAUUACAGUGAGGUGAAUGUUUCAAUGAUAUUAAAUAUCUGUUGGUCUGGUGUCUGAGCAGUUAUUUUUAGGCUCUGUACUGGUUUAAGAUGGAUGCUGCAUUAAAUAUGUUAUCAUCCUCAUUUCUGUCUUGCGAGAUUAAUACCAUCAGUAAACUUUUGAAUAAGCUUUCAGUUGAAGAAGUACUCGGAGAAAACCUGCCCCAGCGCCACUUUGUCCACCACAAAUCCCACUUGACCAGACCCGG